AAUGCACUAGCAUUCUUGUUGUGAAGGGAAACUUUUUCGCCAAGAUCAAUAAAUCUAAGAGAAAUAUUUUGCCUUUUCGGCAGAAUCAUGGAGUAACAUUCUUAAUCAGACAGGCAGUACAUUUCAGAUAGAUGCGGGAUUUAUAAUGAUUUUCAUACAUUAAUCACGAUACAAGAAACUCCCAAGAAAAAUCAACAGUAACCAUGGCAACUCAGGAAGCCAUCCACAAACGUAACCUUGAGAGUUCCAUACUAUUUAUGCAGCAGGAACAUGCAGCAACAUUAAAAGCUCUCCACGAGGAAAUUAAGACUUUACAGAAAAAAUGCUCAGAUCUAACGUUCGAGUUGAAUAUGGCUGGCUUAGAUAUAGGGGAUGGUGUUCCAACAGAAGUGGUAGAGCAUAUAAAACACCUUGAGAAAAUGAUAGAUGCACAGAGAGAAACACAACACGAGUUGGAGGUCGAGUUGGAAAAAAAAGAUAAGCUUAUUAAAGAGAAUGAAUAUACAUACAAAAGGCAGAAAAUGAAACACAUAGAAGAGUUACGAGCAAGAAAUAAGGAGAUGGAUGAAUUGCGAGCUCAACUUGAUGCUGCUUCAAAUAGUAAUGCUUAUUAUCAAAAUGAACUGCUAAAAAUUAAGAAAGAGAAAUUUAUAGCUAAUCAAGCUGGGCCUCAUCCACAUGAAGGUGUUCGUGCUCCCGCUCCACCAAAAGAAAGUAGGUCAAAUCCAAAACGAGCUUUUCAUAUUCGUAGAACAUUAGCUGAAAAAGAAGAUUUAACUGAACUGAAUCACAUAUCUACCGGUUCUGCUGGGGCAGUGCGUGGUAGUUCUGGUGGAACAAGUCGGUCUGAUUCCCCAGCUGAGUUAGCGAAGCCAUUCUUGCGAACAGAAGAUGCAGAAAUACAAAUCAAGACGAGCAAUCCUCUGCCUCCAAUCCGAACAUCUUCCGGGCGGGUCCUUUUCAGGGAGCCAGUAGAUGUUGUACAUGUCAGUGUUCACAAUGUCCCAAAGCCACCUACAAAAAGUAAAAAGCCUGGUACUGUCACACAGGAAGUAGAAACCCUUGCUGUUGGUCAGGUGUCGCAUGCAGAUCCCGCAUGGAAACAUCAUCGUAGAAAAGAAUCUCAUAGUUCCGAAUAUCGGUAGCCAGUGAUCGUCUCUAGAUAACACUAAACUUUAUUAAAUGAACAAAUUUUAUGAAAGAAAAGUAUUUUAGUUGUCUUUUUUUUGUUUUGUUUGUUUAAAGUUUUAUUUUAUUAAAGAAAAUUUUGAAACUUU